ACUGUAGGUGUAGUUGGCUGAGUGGAAAGUGUCGGAAAAGUUGCUCAGACCAAUCUAGAAUUCUAGAAAAUAGAGAGUGAGAGUAAAAUCGAUCGUAUACGUAAUACGCUCAACUAACGUAUACCCAACAUAAUGCUUUGCCGUAGUGAGUGCGAGAAAAUACUGCAAAAUGCGCAAAAUAGUGCAGAAAAGGCAAAACUAUUGGACUAUCACUUGGUUAGAGAUCUCAGUGCCAUCGGUUACCUGGGGGAUUACUAUUCACUGACUCUAAGGUAUAGCCAUGAGGAUGAUGAAGUCGAAAGGGAAAUUCAACUUUUUGUAAAAGCUAUGCCCCAGCAAAGUGCGGAACUAGCUAAAGAGAUAAUUUUUCAAAAGGAGGCCUGGCUUUACGAGAAACUUAUAAAACAAAUGCAAAAAUGUAGCAACAUAAAAUGGAGCGCUGAUUGUGUUUACACUCGAAACGAUUUGAUAGUUCUGGAGGACAUUAAACUGAAGGGUUUCAAGUCAGCUGGUUCCGCAGAAUUUAACGAGGUUUUCAUGGAACAAUUGAUCAAAUCAAUGGCAGCAUUUCAUGCAGCUGGUUUGGUCUAUGAACAUCAAAAUAAUACCAAUAUAGGUCAGGCCUAUGGAGAUAAUUUGCUAGAGAUCACUGUAGCCCCUGAAAUUGCCUGGUUCACCACAGGACUCUCGGCUGUCCUGGCUGCUGUUCGAAGUCUACCCCAAUAUCAGGAAAAUAGGGAACUUUCUUUUAUAGACAACAAACUUAUGACCAUAAUGGAGGAAAUAUAUGAGCAGGCUGCUCCUUCGAAAAAGUACAGGAAUGUCCUUUGCCAUCGCGACCUUUGGGCAGGUAAUAUUUUCUUUCCUCCGGAAAAGACUGGUCCUGCUUUGCUAAUUGAUUUUCAGACCUGUCGCUACACUCCCCCAGCAUCAGAUCUUAAUUUUUGUCUGCACAUGAAUUUGAGUUUAAGGAAACGAAAGCAAAUUGAAAGAAAGUACAUUGAUUUGUACCACAAAUAUUUAGUGCAGAAUCUUUCAGAUUUUGAUCUGAAGGAACUAGCAAUUUCCAAAUCAGAACUGAUUGAGUCAUACAAAGAAUUCCGUUUGUUUGGAGUGAUCUACAGAGCUGUGGCAGCAACGGUCGUGAAGGUUCCCACUGAAUUUGUUACAAAUGAUUUCAAGUAUGUGGAUCGCAGCAAUGUGAUCCUUUCUUAUAUGAAAACGAAUGAAGAGUUUAGGACCUACAUGGAGGAGUGUUGUGUGGAUGUCAUGGAAAUGGCCUUGGCCAGGGCAAACAUGUGAGGAAAUCUUGGUUGGUCAGACUGUCGAUAAGGAAGACUUCUAUAAGGCGAUAAGAUGUGAGUGUAAAGAACACAAACAAAAAAUAAAUUCCUUCAAACGAA